AUGGGUCCAUUUCUGCCAUCUUUUGGGUUUGUGUACAUCUUAGUUGAUGUGGAUAACGUGUCCAAAUGGGUCGAGGCAAAAGAUAGACGAACAGACAAUGCUAAGGUUGUAGUUGAUUUUGUCAAGAAAAAUAUAUUUGCAAGAUUUGGGACACCAAAAGCCAUUAUUAGUGAUCGGGGCACGCAUUUCUGCAACCGCACCCUCGAAGCAGUCCUCAAGAAAUAUGGUGUCACACAUCGGGUAUCCACAACAUAUCACUCGCAAACCAACGGGCAGGCUGAUGCUUCAAACAAACAGAUCAAGGGCAUUAUAGAGAAAACCAUCAUUCCGGUCAAGAAAGAUUGGAGUAUUCGAUUGGAUGAUGCGUUAUGGGCUCACCGGACAUCAUACAAAACUUAUAUCGAGCAUCGAGCAUAUUGGGCUGUCAAAAAGUUGAACAUGAGUAUGGAUGAAGCUGGUAAGAAAAGAAAAUUGGAUAUUCAAGAGUUAGAAGAAAUCUGGAACAAAGUUUACGAGAACGAAGCAAUCUAUAAGGGGAAGAUGAAAGCGUUUCACGACAAGAUGAUCUCGCGAAAGGUAUUCACUACAGGUCAAAAGGUACUCUUAUAUCACUCUUGUUUCAAACUUAUUUCUGGUAAAUUGAGGUCUCGUUGGGUGGGACCUUUUGUUGUUACUAACGUGUUUGAUCAUGGUGCUAUAGAAAUUAAGAGUGAACAAAUAGGAAAGAUUUUUAAGGUAAAUGGUCAUCGUCACAAACCAUUUUACGAAGGGUUUCAAGUUACAAAUGAAGAAGUGGAGGUAGUCGAGGUCCCAACUUACCGCAAUUGA